CGCUCACGCUCGCUGCCAUGGGGCGGCGGGUGCCGGCGCUGCGGCUGCUGCUGGCGCUGCUGCUGCUGCUGCUGCCGCGGGCGCUCCCCAGGGCGCACUGCCCGGAGCCCUGCCGCUGCCCGCCCGACGGCGCCCUGCGCUGCCCCGGCCCGCAGGCCGGCCUCACCCGACUGUCACUCACCUAUCUCCCUAUCAAACUAAUCCCAUCUCAAGCUUUCAGAGGACUUAAUGAAGUCAUAAAAAUAGAAAUCUCUCAGAGUGAUUCUCUGGAAAAGGUAGAAGCUAAUGCCUUUGACAACCUCCUCAAUUUGUCUGAAAUACUGAUCCAGAACACCAAAAACCUGGUGUACAUCGAGCCUGGAGCAUUUAGAAAUCUCCCCCGGUUAAAAUACCUAAGCAUCUGUAACACAGGCAUCCAAAAGCUUCCAGAUGUUACAAAGAUCUUCUCCUCUGAAUUUAAUUUCAUUCUGGAAAUUUGUGAUAACUUACACAUAACCACCAUACCAGGAAAUGCUUUUCAAGGGAUGAAUAACGAAUCCAUAACACUCAAACUAUAUGGAAAUGGGUUUGAAGAAAUACAAAGUCAUGCCUUCAACGGGACAACGCUGAUUUCCCUGGAGCUCAAGGAAAAUGCACACCUGGAGAAGAUGCACAAUGGAGCCUUCCGGGGGGCCACAGGACCUAGCAUCUUGGAUAUUUCUUCCACCAAAUUGCAAGCCUUGCCUAGCUACGGGCUGGAGUCCAUCCAGACACUCAUCGCCACAUCAUCCUAUUCUCUAAAAAAACUGCCAUCGAGGGAAAAAUUUACCAACCUCCUGGAUGCCACACUGACUUACCCCAGCCACUGCUGUGCUUUUAGAAACUUGCCAACAAAAGAGCAGAAUUUUUCAUUUUCCAUUUUUGAAAACUUUUCCAAACAAUGUGAAAUCACAGCAAGGAGACCAAAUAAUGAAACGCUUUAUUCUGCCAUCUUUGCUGAGAGUGAACUGAGUGACUGGGAUUAUGACUAUGGUUUCUGCUCACCCAAGACACUCCGAUGUGCUCCUGAACCAGAUGCUUUUAAUCCCUGUGAAGAUAUUAUGGGCUACGACUUCCUUAGAGUCCUGAUUUGGCUGAUUAAUAUCCUAGCCAUCAUGGGAAAUGUGACUGUUCUCUUUGUUCUCCUGACUAGUCGUUAUAAACUGACAGUGCCCCGUUUUCUCAUGUGCAAUCUCUCUUUUGCAGACUUUUGCAUGGGGCUCUAUCUGCUGCUUAUUGCCUCAGUUGAUUCCCAAACCAAAGGCCAGUAUUAUAACCAUGCCAUAGACUGGCAGACAGGGAGGGGAUGUAGUGCAGCUGGCUUUUUCACUAUAUUUUCAAGUGAGCUUUCUGUCUACACCCUCACAGUUAUCACACUAGAAAGAUGGCACACCAUCACCUAUGCUCUUCAGCUGGACCAAAAGCUACGUUUAAGACAUGCCAUUCCGAUCAUGCUUGGAGGAUGGCUCUUUUCUACUCUAAUUGCCACUCUGCCCCUUGUGGGUGUCAGCAAUUACAUGAAGGUCAGCAUUUGCCUCCCCAUGGAUGUGGAAACCACUCUCUCACAAGUCUACAUAUUAACCAUCCUGAUACUCAAUGUGGUGGCCUUCGUCAUCAUUUGUGCUUGCUACAUUAAAAUUUAUUUUGCAGUUCAAAAUCCAGAGCUGAUGGCUACCAACAAAGAUACAAAGAUUGCCAAGAAAAUGGCAGUCCUCAUCUUCACUGAUUUCACCUGCAUGGCACCGAUCUCUUUUUUUGCCAUCUCAGCUGCCUUCAAAGUGCCCCUUAUCACAGUAACCAACUCUAAAGUUUUACUGGUUCUUUUUUAUCCUGUCAAUUCUUGUGCCAAUCCAUUUCUGUAUGCGAUUUUCACAAAGGCAUUCCAAAGAGAUUUCUUUCUGUUGCUGAGCAAAUUUGGCUGCUGUAAACGUCGGGCUGAAUUGUAUAGAAGGAAGGAUUUUGUGGCUUAUACCUCCAACUGCAAAAAUGGCUUUACUGGAUCAAAUAAGCCUUCUCAGUCCACCCUGAAGUUGUCUCCUUUGCAGUGUCAAUAUACGACUGUCCCAGACAAGACUUGCUAAUAGAGUGUUAACUGUUUUAUCAGUAACCACAUUAUUGAAUUGUGCUUAAAAAUAUAAAAAAUGAUCUGUACUAGUAAUUUUAACAAAGACUUGGUUUUAGGAAAUUAUUUAUUCUUAGGCACACUGGGCUAAAAAGAGAUAGCUACCUAACUCAAAGUGUUGUCCAUGACCAUUGCCAGUCUAAAAAUUAUUUGUCAUUGGUACAUGACAUAAAAUACAGAUGUUGAGAGUGUUUAGAAACACUUCUAGCAAUUUUGACAGAAUAAUUUAAUGUCUGUUGAAUCUAAAAUUUUCCAAAUGAGGUGGUAUUUUACAUAUCUUUGGGUUUUUUUUCAUUUCAUUUUUGUAGUGAUUUUUAUUGCAUUUUAUAAAAAUAUUAGUCCAUAACAGAUUUGAAAUUUAAAAUAACUGGUCCUUUUCCUCACAUAGUUUGAAAAACACCCUCCAGGGAUGCACUGUCCAAUCUGGUGGCCACUACCCACAUGCAGCUAGGUUAAAUUUAAAAUUAAAAUGUAGUCUCUCCCAUGAAACCUCUAGAAGAAAAUAUAGACUGUAAUUUAUUUGACAUCAGCCUUAGCAACAUUUUUCUAGAUAGUCUCCUUAGGCAAGGAAGGCAAAAGCAAAAAUAAACUAUUGGGACUAUACCAAAAUAAAAAGCUUUUGCACAGCUAAGGACAUUAUCAACCAAACAAAAAGGCAACCAACCUGGUAAACAGGAGAAGAUACAUGCAAAUGACAUAUGUGAUAAGGCAUUGAUAUCCAAAUAUACAUAAAGAACUCAUACAACUCAACACCAAAAUAUCAAAUAAUCUGAUUUAAAAAUGGGCAAAGAUGGGGCUGUUCCUUCUCUAGAGAUGGAGUCCCUCUAAAAUCCACUCUCUGAAUAGACAUUUCUCAAAGACCUACGGAUGGCCAACAGACACAUGAGAAGAUGCUCAACAUCACUCAUCAUCAGGA